AUUCGUAUUUGGAAUUGGCAAUCGAGACAAUGUGUUUGUGUGAUGACUGGUCAUAAUCAUUAUGUCAUGUGCGCACAAUUUCAUCCAACCGAUGAUUUAGUUGUAUCAGCAUCACUCGAUCAAACUGUUCGAGUUUGGGAUAUUUCAGGUUUACGAAAAAAGAACGUUUAUUCACCACCCGAUACAAUUCAAUCACAAAUUCAACGUACAACAGGAACACCAGAUCUAUUUGGACAAGCCGAUGCUAUUGUCAAACAUGUCUUAGAAGGACAUGAUCGUGGUGUUAAUUGGGCAACAUUUCAUCCAACAUUACCAUUGAUUGUCACAGCAGCUGAUGAUCGUGUCGUUAAAUUAUGGCGUAUGAAUGAAAAUAAAGCUUGGGAAGUUGAUACAUGUCGUGGACAUUACAAUAACGUCUCUUGUGUCAUAUUUCAUGCACGACAAGAUUUGAUUUUAUCGAAUGGUGAAGAUAAAUCUAUUCGAGUUUGGGAUAUGACAAAACGCGUGUCGAUUAAUACAUUUCGUCGUGAAAAUGAUCGAUUCUGGAUUUUAGCAGUUCAUCCAACAUUGAAUUUGUUUGCUGCUGGUCAUGACAAUGGAAUGAUUGUCUUCAAAUUAGAACGUGAACGACCAGUCUAUGCUGUUGUUGGAAAUCUUGUGUAUUAUGU